AUGUUUGCCAAAAUCUGCUUCACUACCAUCUUGUUUGCUGGUAGCAUCAGCGCUCAAGCAUCCAACACCGAUCCAAAGGCCCUUGUAAAUUUAUGGAUCGAUGUGCCAUGCACUGUGGGAGUAGAAGCAACCAAUAACCGAAACUUCUGGCUUCCCGGAUUCCACGUUCCAUUUGGGCCGAGAGAUCGAAACGUCGGUCAAUGUUACACUGAGACUUUCCAAGGUGUCAGCACCAAUUAUUUCCCAACCCAGACUAAUGGGAAGAAAUGCGUCUUCACUGCCUACGAUCAAGCCAAUUGUAACGGAACGUCACCCGGUCGAGCAAUCUCCUUUAAUGAUGUUGAUCCCGUCGCUGUCAACUGCAAGCCUGGGCCGUUCCGUGCUGCUCCGCAACUUUUGGGUAUCUCAUACAAGGUCACCUGCCCAUAG